UCUUAAGCCCUUGAAGUGCACUAAACCACCGGGGGAUCAGUCUCGAUGGGACAUGCACAAGUGUAAUCCCUGUUCUGCCCUGUAUACAGUACCAAGAAGUGUUGUUUUCAUUCGCCGUCCCCAGUUUAAGUUGCUUUUCCCAAGGCGACAGCUGACCGGAGAUGUGAAACUGCCACGAACCAUGAGGAACCGCGUGGCUUUGGGCUUUUGGGAACAUGUCGGUUCUUUGCCAGCAUGGAAGGGCUUUUAAUGUGAGGGAUGUCAUGUAACAGACUCAUCUUAAAGUGGGUGGUCUGGCCCUCUUCUGUGGUACCGAGUGUUCGGCGUCCUCCCUACUUGAUGUGGGGACAGCUGAGGCAUCUUCUCCAGGCCUGUCGGCACGACGAGGGUUACUUCGCCAACGGAAGUUAUGAAAAUGAGGACGAGAACGAAAAUACGGAGGAUGGAUCAAAGGAUCCCAUAUCCUUUCAGCCCAUGGGAUCAGAGCGGAUGGAGAUGCGAAAGAGGCAGAUGUCGGUGCAGCAGGAGUCGGUGGCGGGGACCACAGCACCGGCGCAGAACGAGCAGCCCGGCCAGGGAAACCGUGCCUCCAACGCCUGCUGCUUCUGUUGGUGCUGUUGCUGCAGCUGCUCCUGUCUCACUGUUAGGAAUGAAGACAGAGAUGAGAGGAACCGGAGAGCCUCGUAUGACUUUAAAGCAGACGGGGACGCAGACUUCGAGGAAAGUCCAAAACCAACUGCGGAGGAGAUCUGCCUAUGGGGGCAAUCCUUCGACAAACUGAUGAACUGCCCCUCUGGAAGAAGUGCCUUCCGGCAGUUUCUGCGCACUGAGUUUAGUGAGGAAAACAUGCUCUUCUGGUUGGCCUGCGAGGAGUUCAGAAAGGAGGCCAAUAAAAGCGUCAUCGAAGAGAAGGCUCGAAUAAUAUAUGAAGACUACAUCUCUAUUCUCUCGCCCAAAGAGGUGAGCCUCGACUCCAGAGUUCGAGAGGUUAUAAACAGGAACAUGCUGGAACCAACAUCCCACACGUUUGAUGAUGCCCAGCUCCAGAUAUACACGCUAAUGCAAAGAGACUCAUACCCGCGAUUCAUGAACUCCCCGGUCUACAAAAACCUGCUCAAGACAGUCUCUGAAACUCAGUCGGUGGAAUCUUAGAUCUCUGUGAUCCCGGUUGAAUCCCCCCUCCCCCCUUCCCUAGCUUCGUUUGUUUUCUUUCCUUGUGUAGAAUAUGUUUUAAAAGGACCUCACUGUGGGUCCUCCCAGGGAUUUUACUGCUAUAGCGAUCUGUACCUGAAAAAAAAAAAAAAAAGACGCUCAGGUCUCCAGGUCACUGGAUUAAAAAAAAAAAGUCUCAAAUUUCCUGAGGGCUCAACACCACAAGUACUGCUACAGAUCAGCAUAGCAACAGAUGCUCCAAAGGAUUAUCAGUGCGUUUCGAUGUUUUCAUGAAAAUAAUCUAUUUUAUUUGUGUUGAAGUUUUUUAUUAUUAAUAUUAUUAUUAUUUUUCAUUCUUUUUUUGUAUCAAUGUUUGAAGGAAGAUGUGAUACCAAUUGUGGGCUAUAUACAGUAUAUACGGUAGAUAUAUUUAUGAAUUUGUAUUACAUUUCUUCAACUUUUAGUUUUUCUUGUGUUACAAUAUUUAACGAAAAGGGAAUUAUGGGUAACACGUAUUGUCCGUUUAUGAAAAACUGCGUAUGAGAAUCAAAAGCUCAAGUCAAGGCAACACUUCAGAUCUACUUGCGGUACACAGUAUUGUUUUUUUCAGCUGUUUUACACACUACUCCCUGUUUAACGACUUGGCAUCUCCAAUGAGGAAUCAAAAUUAUAUAUAUUUUUAAAUCUAAUAAUCGUAAUAAUAAUACAUAUAAAGGGGGAAAUAUAAAAAUUACUAAUACAUGAUCAAAAUGUACUAAUGAUAACAAUAACAAAGUGUUGGAUAAGAAAAAGAUAUAAAAGGGAUAGUUCACCCCAAAAUGUAAACAUUUGGUUAUCUUAUCUCCAGGCCAUCCAGCUAGAAGAUUAAGAACGUUUUUUUAAUCCAAUAUUGUGGGGUUUAUUGAUUCAUAAAAUGCAAAACAAUGACUACUGGCUAGUGAUGCUCGGAUGGCAGUUAUAUCCACAGGUGCUGCAGAUAAUCUGCAGGUCGGAUAAUAAAAAAAAUACAUUAAGAUCAAUUGCUGGUGGGUCGCGGGUUAAUGUGUUUAUUUCUUAAUGAUUUUUGUUUUGCAUUUUUUAAUCACAUCCUGUAAAAUAAAAAUGUGUUUAUAAUACUUUUUUUAUCAGGCAAACGAACCCUAAUUUGCAGGUUAAUAAAAAAAUAUGCACGUGGUGGGGGAGAUCCAUUUGUUGAAGCAGAAAGGGAGGCAAAACCGAUCCGAUGGAAACUUAAAAACAAAGAAUUAAACA